AUGAAUAAUCAAAGCACUGUGGCCGUGUUGCUGCAGGAGUGCAAGUGAGCUCUGGACAUGCUUCUGUCAGCACAGGCUGACAUGGGCAAGGAAGAUGAGAGAGAACACCAGCGGUGCCAAGCUUUGCUUCCCCAGGACUUGAGGACCCUUCUGGAGGAGGCAAAGGAAAUGAAGUGGCCCUUUGUACCAGAGAAAUGGCAAUACAAACAAGACCUCUGCCCAGAAGACAAACAAGAUCUGAACAGUGCAAGGCUCCCUGAGCUGCUGGUUUAUUUGAAGGCCUCCAUCAUGGUCAACGACUGCAUGAUAGCCACUGCUAUUGUGUUCCUGAUUGACUGGUUCCUGUACUGGAUUGAUGCCUCCAGCCAACGUCUUCAAACUGCCACGGGUCUGCACAGGCUGCAGCCCACCAUACCAACCAGUCCUCAGGUGCUCAUCCGCCAGGCUCACCUCUCCAUCAACACAGGUGAACUUUUAAAAGCUGAAUCUAUCCUAAAGACUAAUGACAAUGGAGCAACAGGCACCUUGUGAUUUGCUAAGGAAAGUGACAGGAUUCACGUGCAGUCAGUCUGCUUACAAACCAGAGGCCAGAUUCUGCAAAAGCUUGGGAUAUGGUAUGAGGCAGCAGAGUUGAUUUGGGCUCCAGUUGUGGGAUAUUUCAAACUUCCUCAACCAGGUAAAAAGGUAGUAUUUCCUUUUCACUCUGGAUAUCCUUGCCAGUCUAAUAAUCAUUCCAGAUACCUGCCCCUCCUGGAUCUGAAAGAUCAGUCAUCGCUUACUAUCAGCUGCAAACUAGCAGCAGCCUACAGCCAGUACACCCCUCUGUUUGUCCUCUCCACCGUGAACAUCCAUGGAGUCUGUUUGCUGUCCUGUAGUCACUCCAAGGGCUGUUCCCCAGAAAAGAGAAAGUUCUACUUGUCAGAAGCCAAAGAAUCCUUCAGGAUUGGCCUCCUCACCAAGAAUGACAAGAGCCCUGUCACCAGCAAGCAGGAGCUCCUUAGUUUUAUUAAAGCUGCUUUCUGCCUCACAACUGUGCAUCGAUGGCUCUAUGAGAAACUCCAUGAAGUGAGUCAGCUGUGCAGAGAAGCCAUGGAAAAACUGCAUUCAUACAGCACUUUGUUUACCAAAGAGGAAGAAAAGGGGAUUCUUGCCAAAGAGAUCAUGUCUAUGAUCACAUCCAUGAAGAAGCACCUGCAAGUGGAAAGCUUCCCUAAUUCUGAUGCUAGGUCUUACGUUCCAGACAGUUACAAAGGCACAGUGGAAAAAUCUAUCCUGCGAGUGGAAGCAGAUGUCAAGAAAACCACACGUUCUCAACAUCAUCUAUCAGUUUGUCAAGUGUUUAAUACCUGCAGGAUUCAUAAAACCACCCCAGGAGAAAUGCAAGCAGGAGCUUGUAUCACAACCUUAAGAACAGAGACUGAAACCAUUGACACCAUGUGUACUACUGAAGAAAUAGUGUACCAGAGGAAAGGCACUGCAGAAAUGCUCAUUCAUCAACACCAAGGAGGAUCUCCUCAGCCUUCUCUAGAGGUCAAUACAACUCUAGCUGGGAGGCUGUUGGAGAAGGUGUCUCUUUGCAGAGAAGAGCUGCAGGAUGGAAGGCACCAUGGAAAGAGUUCUUCAGAAGAGAAAGGCAGGGAGGUGAACAAGGUGGUUCCUUCCCUUUCCACCCCUAACUGCUCCUACCAAGCGCAGAAGGAGGAUGAGAAGUCUUUCACGUGGGUGGAGCUGGGCUGCAAGACCAAGGACAGCAGCACCUCCCUGUCCCAGCCCAGGUAACAUCCUGUGUGGGUCCACCCAGGAGGAGAAGCUGAAGACAGAAUAGAGGAUCCCUCAUUUGGGGAACAUCCCCCCACAGAUGAAGGUGCAUCUGUACUACCAACAAGCAUUGAGAUGAGAGGGCCCAGGGACUCCUCAGUUGUCUCUCUGUGGCUGAGGAAAUCUGAGCUGGUGGGAAAUGGACCUUUCAAAGUGCCUGAAGUUGACACCCAAGCAGAAACAAUAGAUGAUACUGAAUUUGAUUUCAUCAGAUUGAACGAAUAUCCUACGGCAUUUGUUCCAAAGCAUCAGUCAACUCCCUGUGUGCUGACAGCUUUGCCCUCGAGGGGAAAGAUAUCCAUAACCAAGCACUUUUACUGUGCCACUACUGAAAAAGAUGAAGGAAAGUCUCACAACAUGGUGAGCAGCAAAAACCAAUCCAGUUCGUUCCUGAGUUCAUGGUACAAACCAGCACAGAUACCCAGGAGUUCCAUUAGAGGUCCACUUCUGAACCCAAGAGGCAGGGGUUUUGUCUUCAUGCCUGGGAGAAUUAAGGAAGAGAUCCAUGAUGCUCCAUUUCUGACAGAUGAUGAUUACAUGCAGCUUCUGGUAGGGGUAGAACAUAAUUGGCUUGUCCAGAGAUUGAUGCCUACUGGAUUUUUUAAGUCUAAACAGCUUCGUAAAGCAUACACUGCUCUUCUUUUAAAAUACUCAAGGAAAUCAGGCCUCUGGACAGGCCAAGAAACAACUAUAUUCAUUGAGGACUACCUGAAGGUGGCAAAGGACCAACACUCCACAUAUCUCCCAACACUCCACAUAUCUCCCGACCUUUUAAAUUCUGGGAAGACAAAGCUACUUUACUGUCAUCUUCUAACAGCCAUGUAUGUUGGGAAAGAAUAGGAAGAAAAGGGGUUUUUUUAUCGUUUCAGUGAUGUGGAACAGCAAAUGACUGCCCAGUACUAUGUGAUGGAAUUCAACAAAUGACUGUAUGAGCAAAAAGUCCCUACCCAAAUAUUUUACAUCCCAUCUGCAGUACUCUUGAUACUGGAAGAUAGAACUAUAAAAGGAUGUGUGAGUAUGGAGCCCUAUAUCCUUGGGGAGUUUGUGAAGCUGUCCAACUACACAAAGGUAGUAAAGAAUGAGUACAAAGCCACAGAGUAUGGUCUGGCCUGUGGCCAUUUCACCUAUGAGUUCUCCAAUGGAACAGACGUUGUGGAUCUGCAAGGCUGGAUUACAGGUGAUGGGAAAGGCCUCAUCUACCUCACAGAUCAUUCUCUCAAUAGCAAAGAUGUUUCACGCUCCAACUUUGGGAAGAAAGGAAUAUAUUACUUCUUUAAUAAUCAACACAUGCAGUGCAAUGAGACCCUCAGUAGUGUUGCCAAUGUAGAGUCGCACACGACAGUCACACAAAAGGUGACCCCUAAGCUAGGCAGUAUUUCAUCCUGCAUGGCUUUGGGAGCAUAUUGUCUUAGAAAAUGA